CCACCCAAGAAAAACAUGCCUCCCUCUUCUUGGCCUUCUUCAGCUCUCCCUAUUGCCUUUGCAAUCACUUGUGUCAUCUCUAUCUACUUUUCAAAUCCUGUCCAUGGCUUGGAUGCUCAAAAAGUCAUAGACUCUCCUUUAUUGACACAAAAAAUUGGCACCAACCGCACUAUUAAGGUUGAUAUCAAUGGCGAUGGGGACUUCAGAUCUGUUCAGGCGGCCAUUGAUUCUGUUCCUGAAGGCAAUGCUCACUGGACUAUCAUCCAUGUUAGGAAAGGGGUUUACAGAGAAAAGGUACACAUACCAGUAAACAAGCCCUAUAUAUUCUUGAGGGGUAAUGGAAAAGGAAGAACAGCCAUUGUAUGGUCUGAAAGCUCUAUAAAUAAUGUGGAGUCUGCAGUUUUAAGGGCUGAAGCCCCUCACUUCAUUGCCUUCGGCGUUAGCUUCAAGAAUGAUGCUCCCACUGGAAUCGCUUCUACCUCACAAAAUCAAUCGGUGGCUGCAUUUGUUGCCGCAGACCAAAUUGCAUUUUACCAUUGCGGAUUCUACAGUACACAUAACACUCUCUUUGAUUACAAAGGCAGGCAUUACUAUGACAAUUGUUACAUCCAAGGUUCAGUUGACUUCAUCUUUGGCCGUGGCAGAUCCGUCUUCCAUAGCUGUGAGAUCUUUGUGAUUGGAGACAAGAGGGUAAAGAUUCGUGGAUCUGUCACAGCUCAAAACAGGGAAAGUGAAAAUGACUAUAGUGGGUUUGUGUUUGUCAAAGGCAAGGUCUAUGGUGUUGGUAGUGUUUACUUGGGUAGAGCUAAAGGACCCCAUUCCAGAGUGCUUUUUGCAAAAACAUACCUCUCAAAGACCAUUGCACCAAAAGGCUGGACCAAUUGGAGUUAUGAUGGCUCCACCGAAAAUCUAUUCCACGCGGAGUACAAGUGCCAUGGACCAGGAUCUGAAUCAAAAGAGCGUGCUGCUUGGUCAAGAGAACUCACUGAAGAAGAAGUUGCUCCCUUCCUAUCCAUAGAUUACAUUGAUGGCUCCCAUUGGCUACCUGUGUGGCUAUGAAGUUGAUCAUUAGCAAGUAGAAGAAACUGUUGGCAGUGUGCUUUGCAAAUGACAUGCAUGCAUGCAGCACAACGACCCUGAAAGUCUCAUGAGUUUAUUUAUAUAAUUCGUAUGAUGUAUUAUGCGAUCUAGUGUUCUCAAACAAUGUUUGUUUAAAAUCAAUUCACACUUUUGGCCUAUAACUUUAGGCUAAUAAGGUGAAUUUAGG